AUGACGCAGAUCCUGCAACAACACAAUAACUUUUUCUUAUCAUCGUCUGCUGUCGAGCUGUUGGACCUCUAUCUGUGUCUGUGGGACUGCUACACGAUCAAGUCAGCCAGCAAAAUACGCCUGGAAGAGGAACGUCGCUUCCUGCAAAGUUCACAGGAAUGGCUGGUGGUGGAGAAAGAAAGGCUCCAGCAGUUCUGCAAUCACCAAGAGCUGCUGCUGUGGGAUCGUCGUCAGGUCUUCUUCUCUAUACACCAGGGCGUUCUCGGAACAUUGCAGAAUAGUGACAGACAGUCGUUUCAGGCAAACUACGAUUUGGAUCUUGAUCUGGAGUCAAUCUGGAGAGAAUUCCCCAAUAUGCCGACACCGCCACCUUGCCUUGCAGAAAGUCGCAGCACCGUCUCUUCAGACUCAUCGCUCGGCAGAUGGCUAGAGCCUGCUCAACAUAGGUCCGAGAAGAAUUUUGUCAUCGAAUAUGUUUUCUAUCCCAGCUAUGAAAAUUUCUCCGCCUUCAGCUGGAUGGGGCCAAAUCCAUUAUCCCCAGACACCUGCGGCGAUGAUAUUUUUCUUUAUGUGUCCGCAUUCUUGCUUUUGGAUCGGGUAGAAUGGAUAGAAAUCCGGCUCAGUAAGCUCAAUAUAGAGACUGAAGAGGCUGUUGAGGAGUAUCCAUUCUUCCUUCCACGAGUCGAGUCAAUGCUAAGCAACUUACGGAGGAUACGUGAUCAAGUAAAUGGCAUCCUCUCGCAGAGUUCUACCACGCAAAGUAUGAAAGGCGCUGGACGAUCAUUGUUUCAAUUAGCUAUAUGGCCCAGGGUGGAGUUCAAUGCUACCAUCUCGAGUUCGGUUCCGUUGUCUCGCAUUCACCCCUCCAUUUCUACGCCACUUCUUGAUCCACAGGUCUUUGUGCAGAACAUAGUGGGAAACUGGGAACUCUGA